GAUGCUGCGGGUGCUGACAGACGGGCGGGCCGGGCCGGGCCGGGCGGCGGUGGCGGCAGGUACCGGUAACAGGAGAGAAACUCCCCAGGACAGAGCUGUGGUGAAGCAGAGCCUGGCUGAGAGUGUUAGUGCAGGCUCCUGGUGGCCUUUUUGGCCGUUUCCACAAAACAAUCUGACAUAUGUCCUGACAUAUGCCAGUGCUCCUGGCUUGGAGAAGGAGUUCCUGCCUGUGUUAAAGGGGAGGGGAAGUAAAGUCCUCAUUCUAGACAUUGCAAAAUAAGCUGCAAUAUUUGGGGACCAUGGCUACAGACCCACUCUCAGAGCUUCAGGAUGACCUAAACCUGGAUGAUACUAACCAGUCCCUCAGCCAGCUCAAACUGGCCUCCAUAGAUGAUAAGAGCUGGCCAGCAGAUGAAGCUCCUGCUUUUCUCAAAUCAGAGGACUCCAAAGGCUCCCCUGAGCCUGUCACUCACUUGCAGUGGGAUGAUCCCUACUAUGAUAUUGCCAGGCACCACAUCGUGGAAGUAGCAGGGGAUGACAAAUAUGGAAGGAAAGUAAUUCUGUUCAGUGCCUGCCGGAUGCCCCCAAGUCAUCAGCUUGAUCAUGUGAAACUGCUGGGGUACCUUAAAUUCACACUGGACCAGUAUGUGGAGAGUGAUUACACACUGGUGUACCUGCACCAUGGCCUGACCAGUGAGAACAAACCAUCCCUGAGCUGGCUGCGGGAUGCCUACAGGGAGUUUGAUCGCAAGUACAAGAAGAACAUCAAAGCUUUGUAUAUUGUACACCCGACCAUGUUCAUCAAGACCCUGCUGAUUCUCUUCAAGCCUCUGAUCAGCUUUAAGUUUGGAAGAAAAAUUUUUUAUGUGAACUUCCUUAGUGAGCUGGAGGAGUACGUGAAGCUGGAACAGUUGGGGAUCCCAAGCCAAGUGCUGAAAUAUGAUGAAUAUCUGAGAUCCCUCCAGAAACCUUCACAAGUGCCCCAGAAGUCAACACCCCCACGCCCACCGCUGCCAAACCAACAGUUUGGAGUCUCUCUUCAGCAACUUAGGGAGAAGAGCCCGGAUCAAUCUCCUGUUCCUCUGGUGGUCAGAGACACCAUUGCUCAUCUGCAGGAACAUGCUCUUGCUACAGAGGGGAUUUUCCGGAGAUCAGCAAACACACAGGUUGUCAGGGAAGUCCAGCAAAAAUACAACAUGGGUGUGCCUGUAGAUUUCCAGCAGUAUGAUGAUGUCCAUCUCCCUGCUGUGAUUCUCAAGACCUUUUUCAGAGAGUUGCCUGAGCCUCUCCUCACGUUUGAUCUCUACAGCCACGUUGUCAACUUCCAGAGUGUGGAGGAGGUGAAUCGUGUGGAUGUUGUUCGCAAAACACUCCAGACUCUGCCAGAAGAAAACUACCAAGUGCUCCAUUUACUGACAGCCUUCCUGGUGCAGGUCUCUGCUCACAGUGACAAAAACAAGAUGACAAACACCAACCUGGCAGUUGUGUUUGGCCCAAAUCUGCUGUGGGCCAAAGACGUAGCCAUCACCCUUAAAGCCAUCAACCCCAUCAAUACCUUUACCAAGUUCCUGCUCGACCACCAGAAGGAGCUCUUUGAGGAUGUGGAGGCCUGAACCCAGGUCAGCUCACACCAGCACACUGUGCCCACCUUCCCAUCUUCUUUCCCACCUUGUCUUGGAGCUGUGAGCAAGCUGUCUCCAGUGCAAAGGGACCAUUGAUCCUCUGGGUGAUGAGCAGAGUGAGGGCUGUGGAGAUAGUGGAGAAGGUGUGUAAAUUAAUGAGCAGGAGACCUGCUGCUCUGGAUGGGAAGGGGACCUGUUCUCCCAGCUGCUGGGAGUGGAGCCCUAACCUACCUGCCAGUCUGUGCAGCUCCUCCAGGGCUCAUCAUCACCCUGCCACUCUUAUCAGAUGGCCUGACUUCCUUUCUUCCUUUCCUCCACGUGCAGUUUUUCUGCCCUCCUGGUCCCUUCCUCAGCAAUGAUCUUUUUUGUUUAAGCUCCCAACAGCCCCAGCUCAACCCUCCCCUCCCAUCCCUUGCUUCAGCUGGGCUGUCUGGGCUAGGGCAGGUUUGCUGGGUUUUGUGGCAGGGGUGUUCUUGCUGCAAGUGCCAUCUCUCUGCACUGAAUGUGCAUCCUGCCUUUCCCCAGUGGCACCUGAAGCAGCAGGGAAGGGAGCCAGGCAGCCCUUGUGCUUCAGGGAGCAGCCUGUCCUGCACUUGCAAACACCAAAAUGCCACUCCAGACACCAUGCUUGUGGCAGGCAAGUGAAGGACAGGCUCACAGCACAUGGGUUCUGUCUCCUGUCAGACUCCAAUACAAGGAAGCUGAACUCAGCCCAACCCUGUGGGGUCACCCACUUGAGAUACAAUUCAGUGUUUCCUGAGGUGCAGUGGGUGAGGUGCCUCCUGCAGUUACCCAGGUUCAGGCAUGUUUGUCAUUCCAGCAGCAUUUCCAAGACCUGGAUGUGGGUGGGGGGCUGGCUGGGGUCCCUUGAAGCUGGUGAACCUGAUUAUGCAGGGAGCACUGAAGAUCUCUGCCUUUACUUGUGACAGCAGCACCAAACCUCCUCCUCUUUGUCAGGCACAUGUAUCUGUGCUGGCUGGCACAGACCACCUUGGGUAAUUGUCUUUCUGAGCAGAACUUUCUCCAGCACAAUAUGACAGAGAACAUGGCCUUGAGGGAAGGUCUAGGCACUCGGGCUAACCCUCACCCUGGGGUGCACCAGGCCUGGACCAUAAAUUUCUGCCCAGGUGCUGAGAACUCGCGUGCCAAAGCUGUGAAGGAACAGCCACUCCAUCAUGCCAAGGGCCCUUGCCCUGUCUCCUCAGUUCUUACCUUAAUUCUGUUCUGCCAUGAAAGCCUGGUCAGGUGCAUCCUUUGUGCUGUAGGCACAGCUGGAGAGAUGGGAUUCUCUGCAACGCAGGCUCAGAGUGGGGUGGGUCUGGCACCUUCCCAAAGCAGCUGCUAUGCUGUUAGGGCAUUACUGUUAGGUUUGGGCUUCAGCAUUCCCCUUACCUGAGCUGAAACAGGUCCCUCUCCUGGCCUGGGCCCAGCAGGGUGUUAGGAGAGACCUUGUAGCCUUAUUUCACUGCUGUGUUAUAUCUUUGCUGUACCCUGCAUGCCUGGGCCAGUCCUCCUUGCUGCAUCUGGCCACAAGGACAAAUCUUUUGGACCAAGCAGAACUAAUCUUUAGGAAGCUACUGGAUGCUAAAUAUAACUUUUUUCUUUCCACAUUUAUUUUAGCCUGCCUUUAAGCACUGACCAAAGGUCUGUGCCUUAGUUGUGAUCAAAAUGUGUGACCUCUGCUGCAGCUAUUAAGGAAAUUGCUCAUUUUGCCAAGCUGUAGAAUGGGGAUGGGUGUGGAGGUGGGCAGCUCUGUGGGGCUGUACAGCUCCAGCCAGAUGGCACAGAGGAGGCAUCACCAACACAUGGGUUGAACAGCCAGCAGCAACCUGAGCAUUACUAAGGCUGGAGCUUGAGGUGGUGUAGGAAAGGGCUUGUUCUGACCCCCACUAGAUACUGGGGGACUUUGGCCUAUGGAGGAUACAGUGCUCCUUAAUCUCCUUCUUCCAAGAGCAGGGAGUCUUCCCUGUUUGGCCAGGGUAAUUCACAGCAGCAGACAAAUGUUUUGGAUGUAGAGAUACUUGGCUUGUAAUUCACCUGUGAUCUCUGAUAAAGUUAGCAGGGCUGGUGUGCUGUGGAGGAGUCACUCUCCUGGCAUGGACAGUGGAGAGAGAGGUGUAUUUGCCCCAUUGUUUGUGGGAAGAGCCCAGGCUUUCUGGACAGCCUGGGAGCAUCAGUGCAGCCCCUCUUUUCCUGGGACACCCUGCUCUAUAUAGGACUCAGUGUGGGAGGAGACUCCAUGGUCUGGCUGUAUCUGCAGCCUUGCUUAUAUCACUUAUAUACUGCCCCUAGGGCAAUAGCAAAUCCAGCUCCCUUUUCCUGGGACAAACAAGGUUAAGGUCUGCAGCUUGGAUGGCUAAAGAGGUGUCUGAGCUGCCUGUGUGCUGGGGCAUGAGGCUCCAGGGGGUCCCUGGGGAAGUCCAGCCCUGCAUGGACCUUCUGCAAGGAAAAUUCCCUGCCCAGUUGCUAGAGGAACAGCAUUGGAGUGGUUUAGCUCCUCUCCAGGGGUGGAGCAGGGAUUGCUGCAAGUGCCUGGUCUGGCUGGAGAGUCUGGUGGGUGGGUGCUUCUUUUUUUUUCCUCCUCUUUGUCUUUUUUUUUCUUUUUCUUUUUUUUUAGUGAAUUCUUGAAAAUUGUUUCCUUUUUUAGCAAAAUGGAGCCUGGUGCAUCCCCUGCAGGCAGGGAUAAAAGCCUGCUCCAGUUAGUGCCUGCGGGGAGCAGAUUUGGAGGGUGUUCAGGAAGCUGCUACUGCUCAUGGUGGGAAAGUGCUUGCAAAUCCUGGAAGGGACCCAGUGUAAAUAUCCCCUUUCCUCUGCUGCUCCUCAUGCCGAGCUGCCAGGGGCCCUGGAGCUGCACAGGGCUUCUUCUGCAGUCUGCUCUCCUGGAUGCCUUGUGUUCCCUGUAUAUCCCUCCUGUGACCUGGGCAAGGAACUGGCCUGGGCCUGCCUGUAAGUGGCCACCAGAACCUGCAUCUGCCAAGCCCAGGGGGUUCAGUCCCCUCCUUGCCUGCUCAGCUUCCUUACAGGGCCAGGCUGGGCUGGCUUUCUCCUCCCAGGUGUCUAAUGAGGGGGCUUGGUCUUUGUCCUUUGUUUUCUCCUUGCUGUAGAGCUGCCUAAGGGUCUCCUUCCUGGCUUAUCUUUCAGGUUAGCUAUUUAGCCAUUAUUUCUCUCUCUGGGGGUACUUGUUCUACACUUCAACCCUCUGUUUUUUAGAACCUAGACCAUUCCCCACUAAGCCUCCUGCUGUCUUAAUGGCCUCUGAUCACUCCCUGGCCAAGCUGGGUAUUGACACGGAGCUUUUGGGUGGUGCAGGGGGGCUGGGACAUCUCGGAUGCCUUGUGGCAAUGUUUGCUAAUUUGAGAGAGAGCCGAGGGUUUGUUUGGUUCCUGUUUCCUCCUAAACGCACGGGAGCUCCUGUGCAAAAAUUUUGGGCUUUCCUUUUGUUGCUGGUGUUCCCUGCCUUUCUUUAUGUGUUGUUGCUGAUUUAGGUGCAGGGCUGGGGUUUUCACGGUUCACUCUGCUUAUUCCCUUCUAAUCUGCACCAAUCUUGUAUUUCACAGUUUGCACUUUUUGUAUUUCAAUAAAAAUCAAAAUGUAA